UUUGGUGGAGAAUGCGGGCAGCAGAAGAAGAAAGGGCUUCUGGCUGCCAUGGACUCGCCCAGCCUGAACACAGGACAUGCCCACAGCAUCCCAGACUCCUUCCUUGGGCAUACUCCCUACAUGGGCUGCGGGUACGGCUCCUUUGAGAAUGGCUCUUCCUGCAGGACUGAGGCCAUCACGGACAGCAUGGGCUCUGCAGACGUGUCCUACGGAUAUGUGGGAGAGCGGUCGCUGGAGAACGUGGCUAGCCAGCCGCGCCUGGACUCACUGAGCUCAGUUGAGGAGGAUGACUACGACAUGCUGGCCAACACUGAUUACGACAAGAACGUCAUCCGCACCAAGCAAUACCUCUGCAUGGCCAACCUGGCCCGCAAGGACAAGCGGGUGCUGUGGAAGAAAUACCAGAUCUACUUCUGGAACAUUGCCACCAUUGCUGUGUUCUAUGGGCUGCCUGUCGUCCAACUCGUCAUCACCUACCAGACAGUGGUGAAUGUCACCGGCAACCAGGCUAUCUGCUAUUACAACUUCCUGUGUGCCCAUCCGCUGGGGAACCUCAGUGCCUUCAACAACAUCAUCAGCAACCUGGGCUACGUGCUGCUGGGCUUGCUCUUCCUGCUCAUCAUCCUGCAGCGGGAGAUCAACUACAACCGGGCUCUCAUGUGCAAUGACUCACAUGCCCUGGAGUGUGGCAUCCCCAAGCACUUUGGGCUCUUCUAUGCCAUGGGCACGGCGCUGAUGAUGGAGGGGCUGCUCAGUGCCUGCUGCCACGUCUGCCCCAACUACACCAACUUCCAGUUUGACACCUCCUUCAUGUAUAUGAUUGCUGGGCUCUGCAUGCUGAAGCUGUACCAGAAGAGGCACCUCGACAAAGCCAGUGCCUACAGCGCCUAUGCCUGUCUGGCUGUUGUCAUCUUCUUCUCUGUCAUUGGUGUGGUCUUUGGCAAAGGCAACAUGGUCUUCUGGAUCAUCUUCUCUGUCAUGCACAUCAUGGCCACAUUGCUGCUGAGCACCCAGCUCUACUACAUGGGGCACUGGAAGCUCGACACGGGCAUCCUGUGCAGGAUCCUUCACGUGAUGUACACAGACUGCGUCCGGCAGUGCAGUGGCCCCAUGUACGUUGACCGAAUGGUGCUUUUGGUUAUGGGAAACAUCAUCAACUGGUCCCUUGCUGCCUACGGGCUCCUCAUACACCCCAAUGACUUCGCUUCCUACUUGCUGGCCAUCGGCAUCUGCAACCUGCUCCUCUACUUUGCCUUCUACAUCAUCAUGAAGCUCCACAGCGGUGAAUGCAUCAAACUCAUCCCCGUGCUCUGUACCAUCGGCACCUCCGUGGUCUGGGGCUUUGCACUCUUCUUCUUCUUCCAGGGGCUCAGCGCCUGGCAGAAAACAACAGCGGAAUCCCGGGAGCACAACCGUGACUGCAUCCUGCUCAACUUCUUUGAUGACCAUGACAAGAAAGUAAGUAGAAGGGCAGUCAAAAUGAUUAAAUAAAUGGCCAGCUAUCAAAUGAGAAAUUCGGAGAACAGGAGAUCGAGUACUUGAUACAGUUAAAAUUUGCAAUAUCUUGAAGGUGAAUCAUGCAUAACUGUUAUGUACCAAACUGUACAGUAUUAGGACUAAAGGGUAUUCAGUCAGGCUUGUAGGAGUCUGAUUUAAAACAUGGAAAUGAAAACAUCUCUGACAGAGUGAUUAGUGAACAUCUGGAACUUGCUAUUGCAGAAGAUCGUUAAAGCAGACACCAUCAGUCAAAAACUCAUUAGACUCAUGUUCUCCCUAGAUGUAAUCUCCUAUUACCAUUUCUAAAAGACGUAAUACUGAGCUGGAUUGAUCCUUUAUGCAUUUGUAUGUUAAAUGGAGAAAAUGAAACAAUUCACCAAAACCAAAUGAAAGUAUGCUUAAUAGUAUAUUCAGAGUUUUGUGCUCUGGGAGUUAGGAACAUCCAAUCCAUUCUAUUAAUCCAGGGAACUGGAUAUAUGUUAAGAAUUUUUCAGGGGAUCCACUGGAAGUGUUAGGAAUCCAUUAAUCGAAUGACCAACAGCCUUCCAAAGUUUUGUGAGGUGGUAUACAACCUCAUUUGGGGUCAGGGAAUUAGAGAAAAUGUCAAUAUUUUAGCCGCUAUGGAACAAAUAGAGAAUGCAACCACAAGAGCCCCAGAAAAUCUGCAAGUAGAAGUUUAAUCUCCCUAAGCAAGGUAGUGUUACAGAACCGAGUAGCCCUAGACCUAUUAGCAGCUAAAGGAGGAGGUGCAGGUUCACUAAUUAAUGCUAGUUGUUGUGCCUAUGUCAAAAAAGAAAAAGGUAGAAACCAAUAUGCAAGCAAUCUGGGAAAAGAGCCGUCUAUUACAUCAGGUAGCCCAGGAUGAUACUUCAUUUGGGUUUACAGACACAUGGAAUAAACUCACUAGCUGGCCCCUUGGCUAAAGCAACUGUUUGUAGCAUGGUUAUACUAAUUAUCUUUGUAGUGUUAACUUGCAUAUUUGUACAGCCCUCUCUCUGGUGCUGUUGGAAAUGGCCUAGAUGAUUAUGCCACCUUUUGGUGGAAGAGACAUUGUAUGAACCACCAGGUGGAAACAGGAAAAUACUGCAAGAAUGGACAGUGGGGUACUGCAAGCAAAAGUAUUGGUUUAGGUUAUUGAAAAGGGGAGUUUGAAUCAUGAGAACAGCUUUUCUAUAUUGUGAGAACAGCCUUUGGCAUAACGUGAGCAGAUAUAAACUGAAUGACAGAGGCUUGCGUAAAUGUCAGCUCAAGAACAGAAUGCAGGAGAGGCCACAGAGCUUGUGAUUGAGUGAAGAAGGUAGAAUAGUUGUUCUGUUGUUGAAGAUAAAAUGGCAGAAGAGAUGACUCAGCUCAAUGUAACAUCAGUGUGAACCAGUUUGGGUUACCCCCU